UGAAAGGAUUUUGUUUGGCUGUGUAGUUUGUAGAGAGAGAGAGAGAGAGAGAGAGAGAGCGAGCGAUGGGAGUGUUCACAUUCGUGCUGCGCAAAUCCGGUGGCGAAUGGACGGCGAAACAGCAUUCCGGCGAUAUUGAAGAGUCGUCUCCGUCGACCUUCGAGAUCCAAAGGAAGCUCGUUAAGGCCGCUCUCGCCACCGAUUCCUCCGGUGCUGUUCAGUCCUCUUUCUCUACUGUUUCCCCUUCCUCUGCCGUUUUCCAGGUGGUUGUGGGUGGUGCAGUAUUUGUUGGAGGCGGUGUAGCUGCAGCAGCUGCUCCUGCAGGAGGUGCUGCUUCAGCUGGCGAGGCUGCCCCGGUUGCAGAGAAGAAAGAAGAAAAGGUUGAGGAAGAGGAGGAGGAUGAUGAUUUGGGAUUGUCACUCUUCGAUUAGAGUUUUCUUGUUACUUAUUUUUUUCGUGGACACUUCUUUAGUUUUAUGGUAGAAGUUAUUUAUUGGUUCACACCAGAUUAAUAGUACUUCUGGUCUAAUAGAAUUUCGUGCGGAGACCUCAAUAAUAUUUAGUGUCUUUUUUAGUUUUUACUAUUCUUAUUUUUUUAAAUGUGCCUCGUCUUUAUAUU